AUGGUGGCGAUUAUACAUGCAGUGCUGAUUGCUGCUUUGACUACAGUCGUUUUUGGACAGCCUGGUAGGUUGCCUAGAAUCAGUACAGAUGGUCAAUGUGGACCCAGUAGUGGUACCACAUGUCCAAACAACAGUUGCUGCUCUGAAUCUGGACAAUGUGGACUUUCCAGUGAGUAUUGUGGAACAGGUUGUCAGAAACCCUUUGGAGCCUGCUGGGAAACUACCGUGUCGCCUGUCUUGGGUGGCGAGCGUGCAGUCAGUAUAAACGAUCGAUGUGGACCAGGUUUUGAAACUAGGUGUCCUGGCAAUAAAUGCUGCUCUCAGGGAAAGCUCUGUGGUACCGAUGAUGGCCAUUGUCAAAACGGAUGUUUGUUUGGAUACGGACUCUGUCUUGAAGUUUCUAGUCCUACUACUUUACCCAACGGUCUUACAAUUGUUCCCCGCCAAUGUGGACCAGAUAUCGGUGUCAAAUGCGCCGGAUCGAGUUGCUGCUCCAAAGACGGGAAAUGCGGCAAUGAUGGAAAUCAUUGCAACGAAAACUGCUUGGAGGGAUACGGAACUUGCUGGGAUUAUGGCGUACCAUUGGGUUUAAGUGCUGGGUUUUCAUAUACCAAGAACGGUCAAUGUGGAAAAGAGUUUGGCACCAAAUGCAAUCCAGGUCAUUGCUGCUCCAAAGAUGGGAAAUGCGGAUCCGGCAAAGGGUAUUGUGAAGCAGGCUGUCAAAAAGGAUACGGACGUUGUUGGAAAUACAGCCCACCAACUUAUGCAGUGGGCGAGGCUCCGCGCAAUGCGAAUAAUAAGUGUGGGCAAGAUCUCGGUGGUAAUGGGAAAUGUAAGAACGACCAAUGUUGCUCCAGGAGUCAAUACUGUGGAGCCUCGCUCUAUUAUUGCGGAGUAGGAUGUAUUCCCCAAUUCGGAACUUGCCUAGGAACUACCCCAUCAGAUGACGGACCUUUUCCCAGCACAGACGGUCAGUGCGGAUCAGAUAUCAAUACCAAAUGUCCAAAUGGGGGAUGUUGCUCUAAAAAUGGAGUCUGUGGAACAACUAGCGGUUAUUGCGGAAAGAACUGUCAAGAGGGCUAUGGAGUCUGUUGGGGUCCUAAUGGACUACCCAAAUCACCACCACCACCCAAAUCACCACUAGCUAAAUUACCACCACCAGUCGAGUCACCAUCAACCAAACUAAAGGAUGGAUACCCAAUUAGUGUAAACAAUCGAUGCGGAAAGAUGUUUGGCACUAGAUGUCCAGAUGCACUAUGCUGCUCUGGAAAUGAAUUCUGUGGAAAAACUCUUUUUCAUUGUGGAAAAGAUUGCCAGAAAGACUUUGGAGUUUGCUGGGAUACUACCCAACUACUCGAAUCACUACCACCAGUCGAGUCGGGAUUACCACCAGCCGAGUCAGAAUCACCAUCACCAGCUAAAUCAUCAACACCAGUCGAGCCAUCACCUGAACCAAAAUCUGGGCACCCAGUCAGUAAAGACAAUCGAUGCGGAAAGGUAUUCGGCACUAAAUGUCCAGACACACUAUGCUGCUCUGGAGAUCAUUUCUGUGGAAAAACUAAAGGUCAUUGUAAAGAGAACUGCCAGAAAGACUAUGGAGUUUGUUGGGAUACUAAUAAACCACCCAAAUCACCAGCAAAACCAAAAGCACCAGCACCAAAACCUGACUAUCCAGUUAGUGCAGAUGGUCAAUGUGGAAAAGAAUUCGGCACGAGAUGUUCAGACACACUAUGCUGCUCUAGAAGUGGACUCUGUGGAGACACUGAUCCUCAUUGUGGAAAGGGCUGUCAAGAGGGCUAUGGAAUUUGUUGGGGUGAUAUUGAACUUACCGAAUUACCAGUACAACCACCACCAGCCAAAUUACCGCCAGCCAACUCAAAAGUUGACUAUAUAACUAGUACAGACGGUCUAUGUGGAAAGAAGUUCGGCCUUAACUGCUCAGGCAGAGACUGCUGCUCUAAAAGUGGAUUCUGUGGAGAAUCUCCCGGUUAUUGUGGAAAGGGCUGCCAGAAAGACUAUGGAGUCUGCUGGGAUGGUGAUGAACCACCCAAACCACCCAAACCACCACCCAAACCACCAGCCAAAUUACCGCCAGCCAACUCAAAAUCUGGGCGUCCAGUUAGUGUAAACAAUCAAUGUGGAUGGAUUCUUGGUACUCAAUGCUCAGGCAAAGACUGCUGCUCUGGAAAUGGAUUCUGUGGAGACACUGUUGGCUAUUGUGGAAAGGGCUGUCAGGAGGGCUAUGGAGUCUGCUGGGAUGGUGAUGAACCACCCAAACCACCAGCUAAACCAACAGUUGAGUAUCCAAUUAGUGCAGAUGGUCUAUGUGGAGAUGAAGUCGGCACUAAAUGUCCAGGCAAAGAAUGCUGUUCUAAAAGUGGAUUCUGUGGAAAAACUGUUGGCUAUUGUGGAAAGGGCUGUCAGGAGAGUUAUGGAGUCUGCUGGGAUGGUGAACCACCCAAACCAAAAGUCGAGUAUCCAGUUAGUGCAGACGGUCGAUGUGGAGAAGGAUUCGACACCAGAUGUCCAGGCAAAGAAUGCUGUUCUAAAAGUGGAUUCUGUGGAAAAACUGUUGGCUAUUGUAGAGAUGGUUGCCAGAAAGACUAUGGAGUCUGCUGGAAUGAUGAACCACCCAGAUUACCUUCCAAACCAACAGUUGAGUAUCUAAUUAGUGCAGAUGGUCGAUGUGGAGAAGGAUUCAGCACUAAAUGUCCAGGCAAAACAUGCUGUUCUGGAAGUGGAUUCUGUGGAAAAACACCUUCUCAUUGUGGAAUAGGCUGCCAGAAAGACUUUGGAUUCUGCUUGACACCUGAAGCACUAGCCAGGUUUUUAGCUAAAUCGACAACAACACAAUCGCCAUCAACAACAACACAAUCAUCAGCACAACCAAAAGCACCAGCAUCAGCACCAAAAACUGACUAUCCAAUCAGUAAAAACAAUCGAUGUGGAGAAGGAUUCAACACCAAAUGUCCAGGCAGAACAUGUUGCUCUGGAAGUGGAUUCUGUGGAAAGACUAAAUCUCAUUGUGGAAAAGGCUGCCAGAAAAACUAUGGAUUCUGCCUGAAGCCUGAAGCACUAGCCAGGUUAAAAGGCGAGUUGUAG